AUGCUGGCUCCUCGCGCGCCCCUCUCCUGGCUGCUGUGCGCACUGAGCUGCGCGUGCUGGCUUGGCGCCGGAGCAGCCUCGCGCCUCAAGUCUCACGCGGUUCUGCCCAUCCAGUCUGAGCGCGAGCCGCUGCCCGCCAAGGGCCUGUCAGGAGUGCAGAGGAUCCACACUGCAGCUUUAGGAACCUGGAACAAGCCUCCACAGCAAAAGAGUCGUCGUGGUAAGGUGGUGGGGAAGGUCAACUGUAAGAACAUCAAGCAGAACUGCCCGGAGCUGGACUGUGAUGAUCCCGUCCUGCUGCCAGGACACUGUUGCAAAACCUGUUCCAAAGGAAACAAUGACAAAAAACAGACUGACCCUUUGCUCGAUAGCUUUGAGUAUUUCAACGAGAAGGGGAAAGAAGAUGACCUCCACAAAUCUUACAAUGACAGAUCCUAUCUGAGCUCCGAGAACACGGGUCUGGGAGAGAGCCGCACAGAAUUUGUGGCUUUGCUGACAGGAGUGAUGGACUCAUGGCUGCCCAGCUCCAGUGGAGUUGCCAGAGUUCGUCUUUCUCUGACCAGAACCAGCAUGACCUUCUCAAUUACAUACCUGAGAUUUGGCCGCCCCAGUAAAAUAGUCUUCCUGGACUCAGAUGGGACAACUGCUUUUGAAUUUAAAGUCCCCAAGGGACAGUCAGACAUGAUGUGUGGGGUGUGGAGGAACGUACCGAAGCCUCUGCUGCGACAGCUGCAGUCUGAGCAAAUGCACAUCAGCAUGACCUCCUCUACGAGCAGACGAGAAGAAGUCCAGGGAAAGAUCAUCAAGCACAGGGCUCUGUUCGCUGAGACAUUCAGUUCGAUGCUGACGUGCGAGGAGGACAAUUCUGGUAUGGGAGGUAUUGCCAUGUUGACCCUGAGUGACUCUGAGAACAACCUCCACUUCAUCCUCAUCCUGCAGGGUCUCAUCAGACACAAAGACAAAGUGCCCGUCCGAGUUCAACUGAUGUACCGCCAACAUGUCCUGAGAGAGAUCCGAGCCAACAUCACCUCUAAUGAUCCAGAUUUUGCCGAGGUGCUGACAGAUCUGAACAGCCGCGAGCUUUUCUGGUUGUCUCGGGGUCAACUGGAGAUUGUUGUGGCAACUGAGGGUCAAGAUCCAAGACAAAUCUCUGGCUUCAUCACUGGCAGAAAAUCUUGUGACACUGUUCAGAGUGUGAUGUCCAGUGGUGAUGCGUUGACCCCAGGGAAGACAGGAGGUGUGGGAUCUGCUGUCUUUAACCUCCAUGAUAACGGAACAUUGGAAUACCAGAUUCAGGUUGCAGGCCUCAGCAGUGACGUAGUUGGCCUAACGAUAGAGCUGAAGCCACGACGUCGAAACAAGCGCUCAAUCCUUUAUGAUCUAACACCAGAGUACAACAAAGCCUUGAGACGGGCGGUGAGCAGCUGGAGUCGUCUGGAGGCUCGACACAUCCACAUGCUGCUGCAGAAUGAGCUCUUCAUCAACGUGGCCACAGCUCACUACCAAGAGGGAGAGCUCAGGGGUCAGAUCAAGGCCCUGCCAUACAGUGGCCUAGAGGUGCCCAGAAAUGAGUUACCUACACUUCUGGCUGGCCACUUUGUGUCCCCACCUGUAAGAACUGGAGCUUCUGGACAUGCCUGGGUGUCAAUAGACAAACAAUGCCACCUGCACUACGAAAUAAUAGUAGCAGGCCUUAGUAAGGCAGCAGAUGCCACUGUGAAUGCCCACCUACAUGGGCUGGCUGAGAUCGGAGAGUUGGACAACAGCAGCACCACACACAAGAGACUACUGACGGGCUUCUACGGCUCCCAGGCACAAGGAGUUUUAAAGGACCUUAGUCUUGAAUUACUGCAACACCUGGAUCAAGGAAUGGCCUUCAUCCAAGUCAGUACCAAGAUGAAUCCUCAAGGAGAAAUGCGAGGACGGUUGUUUCGUAUAUUCCACACCACGGUCAGGUGCACCUCCUCACCCGCCUCCCUGCUCUGCAUCGUGGGACAACAAGCGCUGCUCUAA